AUGUAUGUAUUCAUCACCUAUAUCAGGUUUUCUACACUUAAUUUAAGGCAAUUUAACGUGAAAAAACCAAGUGGUCCUGACGGAAUACCUGCCAUAGUACUCACAACUUGUGCACCUGAGUUGUCUCCAAUCCUGACACGCCUGUUUCGUCUUUCUUUAGCGACAGGACAGGUGCCGAAAGCCUGGAAGCAAGCUAACGUGCAGCCUGUGCCCAAAGAAGGCAGUCGAGCUGACCCUGUUAAUUAUAGAUCCAUUUCCGUAACGUCCAUACUAUGUGUGUUCGUGCCCAUACCCGGCCACCUGGAGCUUCUUGGUGUUACUUUGUCAUCCACCCUCAAUUUCAGCUCAUACAUAGAGGCAAAGGCUCAAACAGCUGCCAGAAAACUGGACGUCUUUUCGAAGGUGAGACAUGGAUUUGUGUGUGCGGCAGUGGGUAGUCGACAAUUCCCACCUGGGUUUAAAUUCGGAGCAGCCACAGCAGCGUAUCAGGUGGAAGGUGCUUGGAAUGCAAGUGAUAAAUCCCCAAGUAUUUGGGACACCUUCGUAAGAUCUCGACCAGAAAUGAUCCAUGGUCAGUCAACGGCAGAUGUCGCCUGCGACAGCUACACUCAUUGGAUGAAGGAUGUUGAACUUGCAAGCGUACUUGGUUUGCAUUUCUAUCGGAUGUCAAUUUCGUGGACCAGACUAUUGCCGACUGGUUUUCCGGAUCGCAUCAGUAAAGAUGGAAAGGCAUACUAUAAUAAUAUAAUAAACGCACUUCUUGAAAAAGGGAUAGAGCCUGUGGUCACAAUUUACCAUUGGGAUCUGCCACAGUCUUUACAAGAUUUGGGUGGUUGGGCAAAUCCUCAUAUAUCUGACUGGUUCGCCGAUUACGCACGCGUUGUUUUCUCCCUGUACGGAGAUCGUGUCAAGACUUGGAUAACGCUGAACGAACCUAUUAUCUUCUGCGAAGUAGCCUACAACCUCGGCAGUCACGCUCCAGGAAUCCGUAAUCCUGGAGUUGGCAACUAUCUUUGUAACAAAAACGCUUUGGUCGCUCACGCUAAAGCUUGGAGAAUUUACGAUAAGGAAUUUAGGAAUAAACAAAAAGGAAAAGUAUCCUACUGCAAUCAUUUAAUAUGGAUGGAACCCGAGACUGAAAGUGACAAAGAAGCGGCAGAAAUAGCAAGACAACUCGUGGUAGGCAUGUAUUCCCACCCAGUAUUCUCCAAGAAAGGUGGCUGGCCUCCAGUGAUUGAAAAGAUCAUAGCGGAGAAAAGCAGAAAAGAAGGCCUCUACCAUUCACGUUUACCCCCUUUCACUCAAGAGGAAAUUGAUUUAGUUAAAGGAACCUACGACUACAUGGGUUUCAAUUAUUACACGUCACGAACUGUGAGGAAAGCGAGAGAGGGAGAACAAAUCGGUGACUGGCCAUUUUUUGGAUCACGUGAUUUAGACAUAUAUCUCCAAGCAAGACCGGAGUGGAAGCAAGCAGCCACUUGGUGGUUCUUUGUAUACCCCGAAGGUAUUCGCAAACAGCUAGCCUGGAUGAAGAAGGAGUACGGGGAUAUUGAAAUAUUGAUCACUGAGAAUGGUUACGCCACCGAAGACGGUCUUGAGGAUUACGACAGAAUUAAUUACUAUAAGGAGCAUUUGGAACAGCUUCUUCUCGCGAUUAAAGAAGACGGUGUUAAUGUAACAGGUUACACUGCUUGGACUCUGAUUGACAACUUCGAAUGGACUGAUGGUUACAGACCAAAAUUCGGGUUUGCGCAAGUUGACUUCGAGCAUCCAGAGCGCAAACGCACGCUUCGAGCCUCCGCGCGCUUUUACACUGACCUUAUCAAGAAUAACGCAUUAGAUGUUGAUAAUAAAUUUACAGAUGAACUUUAUUCUUUGACAGUAACAAUUCCUCAAUUUAUUGAACUAGUCGUAACCUAG